GGGUGGGGGACAGGAGCGGCACCUCCCAGCCAGUCGCACAGCCUACCGCCCUGCGCAGAGGCUGCAGGAACGGAGCCGAGCGGCAGGGAGGGCUCUCUAGGCCUUGAGCGCGCGCUGUGUGGUGCUGGAGUCUGGCCUUAGGUCCCGGUGGGGGAAGGAGAAGCGCAAGGGCGCUGAGGUGAGCAGAGAUCGGGGACCCAGCCAGGGCUCAAGUGCAGGCUCCCGUUCUUCUCUUAGGCAGGGCAAGAAUUCCCUUAACCACAUUCACAACCUUGCCUCGGGCACCUUAGCUGGGGCUGCCAGGAGGCCGCGGUGGCCGGGCAGCUGUUGCACCAAGAGGGGGCAGCUGCGGAGUUCCAUAACCAUAGCAACCGCAUCAGUACCAAGGCGGCAGUGGCAGCGGCGGCGGCGGCAGCGGCGGCGGCGGCGGCGGUGAGGGCAGCAUCCGCUUGCUCCUCCUCCAGGCAGCCUCACAGUGGAGACCUGAGACAUAGCUCGCAGGUGCCGCGGACUCCUUGGUCCGCCCACAGUCGCUGCCAGUGUUGGCUGCUGGAGAAGGUGAGAAGAACAGAGUGGGACCAGAGCUGGAACUGGGCCCUAGGAGGUGAGAGAGAGCCCUGCAGUGGCAGACAGGUAAUGAACCGAAAAGAUCAUGUCUGAAGUACAAGGAACAGUUGAGUUUUCUGUAGAGCUACACAAAUUCUAUAAUGUCGAUCUCUUUCAAAGAGGGUAUUAUCAGAUCCGGGUGACUUUGAAAGUGUCCUCAAGGAUCCCCCACAGGCUGAGUGCUUCCAUCGUCGGGCAGUCAGAGAGCAGCAGCCUGCAUUCAGCCUGUGUCCAUGAGAGUGCCGUGCAUAGUCGAAUCUUCCAGAUCUUAUACAGGAAUGAAGAAGUUCCCAUAAAUGAUGCCAUGCUCUUCCGGACUCAUUUGCUCUUAGACGGUGAGAGGGUAGAAGAUGCACUGAGCGAGGUCGAGUUUCAGCUCAAGGUGGACCUGCACUUUACGGAUAGUGAGCAGCAACUGAGAGAUGUGUCUGGGACACCGAUGAUCAGCAGUCGUACACUUGGCCUGCACUUUCACCCCCAGAGGGGUCUGCACCACCAAGUCCCUGUCAUGUUCGACUACUUCCACCUGUCAGUGAUCUCAGUGACCAUCCACGCUGCCCUGGUGGCUCUGCAGCAACCUUUGAUCAGUUUCACUCGCCCGGGAAGAGGCUCCUGGUUAGGGAAAGGUGGCCCAGACACAGGACCAGAACAGCCUAUUAUUUCUCUGGAGAACUUGGUCUUUGGAGCUGGAUACUGCAAGCCGACUUCCUCAGAGGGAAGCUUCUAUGUCCCCUCAGAGAACUGCAUACAACAUGCACACAAGUGGCAUCGGGACCUCUGUCUUCUGCUCCUCCAUGCCUAUCGGGGCCUCCGACUCUACUUCCUGGUCAUCAUGAGAGACAUUCCUGAGCUGCCCACCAUGGAGCUGGAGGCCCUCGCUGUUGAAGAAACACUCUCUCAGCUGUGCUCAGAGUUACAGAUGCUGAACAACCCGGAGAAGAUAGCUGAACAGAUCAGCAAGGAUCUUGCCUGGCUGGCCUCCCAUAUGAUGGCCCUGUGGACCCAAUUCCUGGAGACAGUGACUCUGCACUCGGAAGUGACCACUUAUCUCACCCAGGAACACCAUGCUUUGAGGGUCCGAAGGUUUUCUGAAGCUUUCUUUUAUAUGGAGCACCAAAAACUUGCAGUCUUGACCUUUCAGGAAAACCUGAUACAGACCCACAGCCAGCUAUCUCUGGACAUCCGGAACUCGGAGUACCUCACCAGCAUGCCCCCACUGCCCGCAGAGUGCCUGGAUAUUGACGGUGACUGGAACACCCUGCCUGUUAUCUUUGAGGACAGAUAUGUGGACUGCCCUGUCUCAGAGCAUAAUUUGAGUGUUUAUCCUAAUUUUGAUGUCCCACUGACAAGUCCUGCAAUAAUGGAUCUAAAAGGGAAAGAAAAGAAUAUUAUAAAUCAAAAAUCAUCUUUGAGGAAGAACCUUCCAUUAUCGACCACAAAAGCACCCCAGCUAGGCUCCGAUGAGGAUGUUAUUAGGUGUCCAGAGAUGGAAGAGAAUGUCUCCACACGGAAUCCUGUAGACGUGUGCUCAGAAUCUCAGGUGUAUUUGACCAUUGGUGAAUUCCAAAGCAAAGCACUCAAGCCUGAAGAUGCAUGUUGGACUGGUCCAAGGCCUGAUGCUGUGAGAGAUUCAGAUGUGGACAUACGUAGGAGGAGUCCAGGCCCUGAGGAUGGGAAGGCCCCAGCAUUGACUUACAUUGAUGUGAAAUCUAGCAAUAAGAACCACCCUAGAGCUGAGCCCAUGCAGGGCUUUAAUGUACAGCAUGAUCAAGGGAGCUCUCAGGACAGCUAUGAUCCUGUUAAGACUCUGCCAAGCAAAGCUGUAGCAGGAAUAAGUCAGAAUAAUGCCACCUCUUUAAACCAAAAAGCUGCCAUUGAAUUCAAGACUCUAGAAAGGGGAGCAGACCAGGAGGGAAAGCCCAUGCUGCUGAGCCUGAAGCUCACCCCUGCUGAACCUUGUGACCCAUUGAAUACUGCUCCAAUGGAACCUUGGGACACCACAUCUUCCCUGCAGGAACAUUCAGAAGAGCAGGAAGAUCUGUCAGUGCUCUCUGGCAUCAUCAAGAGGUCAGCCUCUAUCAUAUCUGACUCAGGCAUUGAAAGUGAACCAAGUUCUGUUGCCUGGUCUGAGGCCCGAAGCAGGGCCCUGGAGCUACCUAGUGAUCGUGAAGUUUUACAUCAGGUGAUUCGAAGGCAUGCCCACCACAGGAACUCUUUAGAGGGUGGCCAUACAGAAAGCAACACUAGUCUGCCCAGUGGCAUCCAGGCUUCUCUUACCUCUAUCAGCUCUUUGCCUUUCGAAGAUGAGGAGCGGGAGUUGGCACUUACUAUGCUAACCAAGUCUGUCUCUGCACCCCAGAUCAGCAGCCCUGAGGAUACCACUGAAGGUGCAGACACCAUGAAGAGCACGGGAGGAUUUUCUGAAGACCUGGACAGUUCUAGCAAGGAUACCAGUUCACCUGGACACAGUUCUCAUUCUUAUGGUGGCUCCAGGGUCCAGGAUGUCAGGGCAGGACACUCCCUUGCAGACAUAGCUUUAGAUUCUGAGAAAGCCCAGGGACCUGGGUACAUAGACAUCCCCAAAGGUAAAGAGAAUCAGUCCUGUCCUCAAGGACCCUGCUAUAUGGAUGACAUGGCUGAGAACAUACCAAGUGUUGAAACCAAAGGUCUUAACUUAAAAGUACCAUGUACUAUAGUGCUUGAAAAUUCUAGGACCAGAUCUUUUCAUAGAGCAGCAGAUGAAACCACAAAAGGCAGACAUAAAGGAUUGAGUGGGGGUAAACACAUAGUCCCCAACAACAGCAUCUUAGACAUCAGGGCUGUGUCUCACCACAGGGUGCCUGAAAUCAGUAGUGUACCAGCUGUUGAAGCUGUCAACUUGAAUUCUACAGGUGUACAAAAUGGUUCAUCAAGUGUCAAUGAUACCAUGACAUUGAAUAGAAGACAUACUGCCUCUCUGGAGGUCAAACAUGAAGCAGGCACUGUGUGCCCCACUGUGACUCACACGAUUGCCUCCCAAGUGUCACGAAACCAUGAGCUGAAGACAGGAACUUCCAUCUCUGGGUCCCACUUGAACUCCGCCGAGGCCUUUACUCUGGACAGCUUAAAGGCAGUGGAGGUCGUUAACUUGUCUGUGUCUUGCACUGCCACAUGUCUCCCUUUCUCAUCUGUACCCAAGGAGACCCCUGCUAGGGCUGGACACUCUUCUAAACAAAGCCUAGCCCCCAUUACUCAUCAACCUUUAGGCUCCUUUGGAGUUGUCUCUACCUAUUCCAGCAAAUUGGAAGAAGAAGUCAGUGAAAGAAUGUUCAGUUUUUAUCAGGCCAAAGAAAAGUUUAAAAAAGAACUGAAGAUUGAAGGAUUUCUGUACAGUGACUUAUCCGUACUAGCUUCUGAUAUACCGUAUUUCCCACCAGAGGAAGAGGAGGAAAACUUGGAAGAUGGGAUUCACCUGGUGGUCUGUGUCCAUGGCCUGGAUGGGAACAGUGCAGACCUACGGCUGGUGAAGACUUUCAUAGAACUGGGGCUCCCCGGUGGAAAACUGGACUUCCUAAUGUCUGAAAAGAAUCAGAUGGACACAUUUGCAGAUUUUGAUACCAUGACAGAUCGAUUGUUGGAUGAGAUCAUUCAACACAUCCAGUUGUACAACCUCUCCAUAUCCCGAAUUAGCUUCAUUGGCCAUUCCCUUGGUAACAUUAUCAUCAGAUCGGUCCUCACAAGGCCCCGGUUCCGGUAUUACCUCAACAAACUCCACACAUUCCUGUCACUGUCUGGGCCUCACUUGGGGACUCUGUACAACAACAGCACCCUGGUUAGUACAGGCUUGUGGCUCAUGCAGAAACUGAAGAAAUCUGGCUCCCUUUUGCAGCUGACCUUCAGGGAUAACGCUGAUUUGCGCAAAUGUUUCCUUUAUCAACUUAGCCAAAAAACAGGGCUGCAGUAUUUUAAAAACGUUGUUCUGGUUGCUUCUCCCCAAGACCGCUACGUGCCAUUUCAUUCAGCCAGGAUCGAAAUGUGUAAAACGGCCCUCAAAGACAGACACACAGGGCCAGUGUAUGCAGAAAUGAUCAACAACCUCCUGGGCCCCCUGGUGGAAGCUAAGGGCUGCACUUUGAUCAGACAUAAUGUGUUCCAUGCUCUGCCCAACACUGCCAACACUCUGAUUGGCCGUGCAGCUCAUAUAGCUGUGCUGGACUCGGAACUCUUCCUUGAGAAGUUUUUCUUGGUGGCAGGACUCAACUAUUUCAAGUAGUGGCCUCCAGGGAGCAGCCUGGGUGACUGGCCAGAGCUGUUUAAGAUCAGUUCAGUUCUUAGCUACGUCAUGCUUUUCCAUACCUCUGAAUUCCAGAGUGGAAUAGAAGGAGAUGGAGGGUGUGGAGGGAUGAAGCUGGGGUGGGACUGGACACUAGAGAAAUUUGUAAUCGAGACAUUGGGGAAGCUGAACAAACAGUGUAAAAGACAACAAUGUUUUCUUGAAUUUGUCAAGCUACCUAGAGUCUCAUUCAAGAUGUUUCUAAGGAUAAUCUGAGAAAAUAAGAAACAGAACACUUGCCAUUGAUGAGCCCAGCUUUAUAACCACCCUGGCUCAUGGGAAUUGAUCCAACUUAACUAUAUUUCCCCAGUCUGUUACUAGGUCAUAGCUUUAUCAUGUGUUGAUUCAAUUAAGUGCACACAAACAUUUCAGAACUCAGGUUAACUUCUGUGUGGAAGUGGGGUAUCUUCCUGUAAAUAGAACCCUUAAUAGAUCCAACAUACCACUUGUUCAAAAACUUGUUCUAUACAUGCUCUUAUCUUCUCCAUGUUUUCUAAAGGACAAGGGAAAGUGUGGCAAGUCCACAUGUUAUUUUCUAGCAGCAGUAGGUAGGGUGACUUAAGGAAGAGGGAGAUAAAGAUGAUACUGCUAGUAAAAACAGAUUUGGUGUAAACAGAAACAGCUGUAGGGAGCAUAUUGAACCAAUUGUUUCACCUACUUCCUUAAACUUUUUCUAUGCAUAGCCUGGUCCACAAAUUGUUUUUGUGAAUGCCCGAAGUCCUGUCUGAAGUAGGGAAGACCGAGAGAGACUCUACCUGGCAGAAGGAGAUAGUGGGAUGAAUGUAUUCAUGUGUGAAACUCCUGCUGAAGCACUUCCAAAGAAAUGCUGGUUUGGCCUUGACAGCAAGAGCAACAUUUCAAAACCAUUAACAUGGCCAGCUGUUUCUCUUCUUCCUGGAAGGAGAAAGACAUCCCAAGGGAGGCAUGCUGGGUAAAGAACCUCAGGGGAGCUCUAAGAAGGGUGCUGUUAUCUUUCAAUAGUGAUGUCUUCUUGCCUUAGGAAAAUAAAGGGCUAGGAAAGACCACAUUUGUAAAAACUAACAGAUAGGAGAGGCAAAAGUGAGAUUAGACUGGAGAACAAAAGCCAGAUUGAAGACCCAACUUCAAGUGUUGUUGGUAAGUGACUGAUGCAGAAGUUUUGAAAAUAACCAGGAUAUUUAAAACUGUCCCCAUCUAAGUGCAUUAUGUAUGCUAAAGUCAGAAAGGAUGAACAUUUAGCUGUACAGAAGAAGUGCAUGAACCAGGGCAGCAUGGAUGAUCACACUGAAGACAAAGUCCCCCAUUUAUUUGCAGAAGGACCCUGCACAGUAUGGAAAUCUGCCUGCUCUGGGCAACUGAACUGGGUUUCCAGAUCACUGAUCCCAUGGGAAGAAAUCCAUGGGAUUCUGGGUGCAUGCAAUGAAUAAAUUCAGACCAUGGGAAAUGAGUUCAAACUGUUAGUUUGCAGGAGAGUAAACAUAUGGGUGGUCUAGGAGGGGAGCUGAAGGCUUUGCAAAGGUAGACCUCCUACAGUGGGUUCAGGACUUCUCUAUGGGUCUUUUCUGAAUUUCUUAAUAACCUAGUUUUAAUGCAUGCAGUUCUCAUUGGGCAUUUUCCUGAGUUCCCGAGUCAGGGCUUGACACGGACUCUCUUUGCUCAGUGGCACUGACAUGUUGGUUUCAUUUCUUGGAGAACACUUUUUUUUUUUUUCCUAGUCAUGUAACCCAGGAUCUUCUGACUCAGACAGAUGCUGUUGCUUAAUGCAACAUGGUUAUUCUGUAGCAAGUUCUCCUUUCUAGAUAUGUGCAGAGCCCUGCCCAUCUGGUCUGAUAUGCUCAUUUUCUGUUUUGUUUCAAUCCUCAUCAGUAGCAUUUGUCAACCCUGGUCAUUUGAAAGACUAUGUAGUACUUACGGAGCCAAGAUGAGUCUGAUGAUCAUCGUCUUUACCAAUAAUCAGAUGCCGUUUUUAACUUCAAUAUGCUGUCUGGACUAGUGAGAACUAAUGGCAAUAACCGUUCGGCUGCAUGGAAUACCUCUUUUAGGUUUCCUGCUGUCUUUGUAAAACCUAACUGGCAUCUGAGAAUCCACCAUCAUCAUGUAGAAAGUGUACUCAUGUAUUAUAAAUAAGAAUGUCAAGUAUUAAUUGUCAUGCCUCAUUUGAAAAGGCUUUUUUAUGUCUCUUUCUAUUAAAGUAUAUAUAUAAUAUAUAUCAAUAUACAUAAUAUAUAUGUAUAAUGUAAACAUGGACAUUAUAUUAUUGGUUAUAAAUAUGAUAAACAAAAUGCCUGCCAAGGUAACGAGCCAGUAUGUUUCCAUCCUCAGUUCUAUUUUUAGGUUUUGUUUGUAUGAUUUGUAGUUUCCCCAAACUAGUUAGAAAUAAACAUUACUAACAUUGAGAUUAUUUGGAAUUUGUUGUUCAUGAGCCAAAUAAACUCAAAGGAGGAGAUAGAAAUGUAAAGCCAGUCUGGAGUCAAUGACCUCAGUGGCAGGCUGAAAUCAGGUGUAGUGCUGAGAACGUGGGAAAGGAUAGAAGGAAAAACACACCCUAUAGAUUUCUAUAAUUCCAUGAGUUUCUGAGCUUCUGUCUGUGCCAGAGAGGACCCCAGAGACAUGUGAAGUAGAGAACUCAAGAAGGACCCACCUGUUAUUAUGAUCUUAUCAAGGACGAACUGGGCUAGAGCUGUGGCUAGAGCAGGGUGUUGUAGAAUUCUGGUUGGCAUUGUCUGCAGAAGAACAAGCAGAUAGCCUUCAAAGUGAAACUAUAAGGUGGAGCCCAUUCUUCCACACACCCUCUGUCAUUGCUUUCUUUCAUCAAGUCAUUGUUCCACUAAAUACAUCUGUAUGAGGGCCUCUCUGUGCUAAGAUGCAUUGGUAUCUCUAGCAGCUCAUGGCUUAGCAAAAUAAGUGGUAACUGAAAUUGAUGGGCCUCACAGAUGCUGUAGGGGUAUUAUGGGAGCCCAGAGGCAGUAUUCCAGCCUGCACCAGAAAGGUUAGACUCUCAGGAAUUCCUCCCUGGGGAAACUUUAUGUGGAGGUCUUGAUAUGAAGGCUGAAUCAAGAGUUUGUCUGGUGGAAGUUUGUUUGAAGUCAUCUCUACCAAAGGGAACCGAAUAAGAAAAGAACUUAAGGGAUGGGGAGAGAUGUGUGUAAAAGGAGAGCAGGAGAGGAGACAAUGGUACAUUAAAGGGCAGAUGGGGAAUAUCUGAGCAAUAUCCACAAAAGGAGGUGUGAGAAUUCUAUACUCACAUCCAUUUUUUGUCUCAUGUCAGAAAGAAAUUGCCACUGUGGUGUCUGAUGGGAAGGGGCUCUAUAUGGAAAUAAGAUGCCCAAGUGGCAAUCCUGCCCCAGUCUGUUAUAAUACCCCUCUUCUAUGCUGGUUUUAGGAAUCCUUGACACCUGCCCCCAGCCUUGUGAGAAGUCUGUGACCAUGCUCUUCCCACCACUCAUUUCUGAACUGUCCUUUGGAGGUACAUAGCAGACAUAUCUUCUGCAUUUCCCAUUGAGAAACCUGAGAAGAUGAUAUCAGAUAGGGUAAGACAAAACACAGAAUAGCUGCUUGGAAAAGAAAUAGAUUUUCACUUGAUUAGUUCUUUAAGAAUUUCUUACAUGUAUACAAUGAAAUAUGAAAUAUGACCAUAUACACUUCCUCUUCCCAAUUCUUCCUUCAUACUUCUCUCAAAUCAUCUCCCCGCCCUCUCACUCCUAACCUCAUGUCUUUUAAAACUAACUAAAAGUACAGUUAGUAAUACUCCCUGUAUGUGCCUGGAUGGGUGGCCAUUCACUGGAGCAUGAGACACCUAUGAGUAGCCACUCUUUCAAAGGAGAUUUCUCCCUUCCCCCAGAAGCUAUCACCUGCCAGUAGCUCUUUGAGAAGGAGUGACGCCCAUAGAUUGGCUUCCCUGUCCAUGUGGGAGUUUUGCCUGCCUUUAUCUUGUGUAGGUCUUGUGGAAAUGACCAGAGUUGGUGUGAAUACAGAAACAUGAUAACCAUGUCAUAUCCAGAAGAGGGCAUUUCACAGUAUUCUUUCCUAUCCCCCACCUCUUUUAUUCUUAUCUCUCUGCUCUUCUGCAAUGCCCCUUGAGCCUGGUCAGGGUGGAGUACUGGAAUAGAUGUCCCAUUUUGGUUUAGCACUCGGCCUCUUCUUCUCAGCACUCUGACCAGUUAUGCAUCGAUGCAAUGACUGCCAUCCACUAUAAAAAGAAGAUCCCUGGCUGGGGUUGAGAGCAGCCUCUGCCUAUGGGUAUAAACACACAUUUAGCAAAAUAAUAAGAGUAGAUUCUAUCCUAGCACUUAUGACCUCUCAGGCCAUGGGCUUUUGACCAGCAUUGCAGCACUAGACCCUGUGAAAAAGACCUGAAAUCCAGUCAGCAAGCUGUUAGUCAUGCAGUAUUUUGUAUAUCACGUACACAUGAUAUUAGGGGUGAAGUCAAGUAUUUGUUUAUUCUGGAGUUGAGGUUUGAACAUUGGCCCUUCAAUUUCUUUUUUUUUUCUUUUUUUCCUUCUUUUUUUUUGGCUAUGGUUAUUUUAACCCAGAGUAGUUACUUAAUUGGAAAUUUAAAAAAAAAUCAAAACCCAAUCACUCCCAUGUCAUACAUAACCUUGUGAGAUUCCAAUAUCCUAUGAAAAACACCUACCUAACCAAUAAGUUAGAUAAUGCAGGAAAAUGUCUUCAUCAACAAAGGUGGUAUCACAGACCAUUGUCAGUGAGAGCAGCUGGGGGAUAGGUGAAGUGUUCCAUUAUUAGCAGAUCAUCUGCAUUGCUCCGUCUCUCUGUCUCCAGGUUGUCUUUUCUCCUUCUAGCUACAAUAUAGUUCAUGAAACCCUGAUGUCUGUAUUUUCUACUAUUCUCAUCCAAGGCUAGCAGACAUGUAUUCAUCCACAAAGCAAGUCCCUUUAGGAAAGGGCUUGAUCCACCACUCAACUGUCCAUGGAGAAGAUAUUCCUCUGAAGAAUAAAUCCAAGUCACCAUAUCUUGCUAUUACCUUUGUUUUUUAAGGUCCUACAUAUUCAUUAACUCUGAAGAUUCUCAUCAUGUUUGUAAUCAUAAUUCUUCCAUAUGUAUAGAUCAUUCCCUGAGCCAAGCAUCGUGUGUAAUCUAUUUGUGAAAACCUGAGGCUCAAACCGUUGUUUGCCACAGAAUGGGGCUGGUGUGUGUGUGUGUGUGUGUGUGUGUGUGUGUGUGUGUGUGUGUGGUUUUUGAAAGCCCAUUUUUUUUCCCUACAGUUUCUUAUCUCAGCCACAGCAACUAAAAUUGAUGCAAGGACAGCUCAGCACUCUCGUAUGUCGAUACUAUGUGUUUCUGAAUUCACGGGCAAUAGCAUCAUGAGAUAAUAACUUACAAUAGAUUUUCAUAUCAUGAGAAGAGCCUACAUUCUCACUUAAGAAACAGAUUUUGAAAAUGAUUAUUAAAAAGCAGUUUAGAUAUGGAAGAGACAGAAGAAACAAAGCUGGAAUAGAGAAUUUGCUAGAUCAGGAAUUUGGAAAUCUGGGGGAAACCUGGAAAUACUUUGUAACAAAAAGGUUACUGGGGGCAAUUUUGUAGGAAUAAAUUAAAAAACAGUCUAUGUGACUAAAAGUGAUUUACAGGAUGCCUUGAGGGACAGUCUCUUGUCUGAAACUUUAGGUUUAGGCUUUUAUCAGUUGAAAUACUGACUCCCAAGUGUUUUUACUCUGCCUAUUUGGAAGUUAAUUCAGUGUGUGAUUGAUUAGAUUAUCAUUUUUCUACUCAGGGCAUAUCAUCAGCCAUUAUUAAGAAUUGAGAAAAGUUUGUAACUUUGACACACACCUAGGAAAAGAAUUACAUUUAACGGUGUUUGGAAGCUGAAAUCUGUAAAUGUCACUCUUACUUCUUUAUACUACCCCCAACUGCAGAGAUAUUUUUUAAUGUCUUUUUGCUGAAGGCUAAAUUAUUGCACAUGGAAAAAUAAUUUUUCUCAUCUUUCAUAUCCCAAGGAAAUAAUAAUUUAAUAAUAAGGUGCAUCUAACAUUGAAUGCUUAUAUGUUUAUAUGUAUACACAUGCACAUAUGCAAAGGUAAAUAUUUGCAUUAUUUUGCAUCUAAAAAUCAUAGCUAAUGUAGUCACAAUCAUUUUCUAUAUUUUGCUAAAAAGUCUAUGACUUUACUUUUACCCAUUUUCCCCCAUAAUUCACUCUUGAAUAUAUUUCUUGCAUCAUUUAUUUGACAUUUCCUUGGCUCCAUGCUAAAUCUAGGUGGUUAUAGAAAGUGUUGGGUUAGAAUGUUUCCUUUAAUCUGGCUGGUAGAAGGAAAAGACGGCUCUUUUAAGUAGCCCAGGAUAGAAUGAACUAAGAGUGCAGGGGAAACAAUAAAAAUAUGAUCCUGUGACUCUAACAUUGAACCACACUCCUGAUAUUGAGCUUUUAGUGCCCUUUGUGGGUCCAUAUACAGACAAUUGAUGGCCAGGACAUGUCAAAGUGAUGUCAACUCUACCUCUCAGGUAGGAUUACAAUGUUUCCUUCAGCACAGUCACCAUUCCUUCAUCAGUGCCAAGGUAGGAGGUUAUGAGAAAUGAAUGGUGUCAAAAUAGUAUCAAAAUCUAGUCUGCCAAGGAGCUCUUCCUGUCCAAUGGCAUACCACUUGGAUGUAUGCAUAGUCUUUGGAUUUUCUAAAGACUCUAAGGAACGCUUCUACAUUUUUUCCAUUUAGCAGAUAAGCAAUAGCUGUGCAAGCAAAUAAGAGGCACAUAAUGGCUUCCACAAGCAUGGCAUGCUUAAGCAGGGAACUGCCUUGGACCAUUGUCCAUUGAUAGCAUAGAAUAAGGCUAUGAGAUUACUUAUUUUAACUUUUAUUUAUUUUUGCAAAUAUUAUAUACUUUUAGAUGAUGAAGAAAGGUAAGGUAUUUUGUCAUGGUCUCAAAGAAAGGACUUGUAUGUAUAGCCUGAUGCCACUGUGAUUUCUAAUUCAUAUUUACUCUGCUGAAAAAAAUAUAUAUAUACAAUAAUCAGUUUCCUCAACAUCCUUGCAAAUUGUCUGUGACACAAAAUCCUUAGUCAUAACAAAGUCAUUCGUGCCAAUAAGUUCCACUAUUUUUCUACAUUUGCUUCCUGGUUGGCAUUUUGUGUAACAUGUGAUGUGUAUAAAUGAUAAACAAAAUAACAAUAAUAAAAAUCCUUUGAUUCUUUUACCAGAA